AUGCAUUUGAUCUCAUUGGAGCAGUCUUUAUUGCCCAUUUUCUUCCUUGCUUUACUAUCUCUCUCAAUCUUCUUGAAAUCAUCUACUGCAGGUGAUACCAUAACUACAAGCCGACCUGUGAAACACCCUGAGACUAUCGUUUCUGCUGGUGGAAUAUUUGAACUUGGAUUCUUCUCUCCGAAAAACAAUUCCAAUUACCACUUAGGAAUAUGGUAUAAAGAAGUUUCUCCCCGUAGGGUUGUAUGGGUUGCAAAUAGAGACUACGCAAUGUUAAACUCUUCUAGCCUGAGCAUCAUCUCUGAUGGAAACAUUGUGAUUUUGGAUGGCAGAUUGUCUUACAGUGUGACAAACAUUUCAGGUGGCAAUAAUGAUUCCACUGCAAGGCUAUUGGAUACGGGGAAUCUUAUACUGGGAGGCAACAACUUGGAGGUACUUUGGCAAAGUUUUGACAAUCCAACUGACACUCUUUUACCAGGAAUGAAGCUUGGACAUGAUCCAGCGAGUAAAAAAACGUGGUCCUUAUUAUCUUGGCGAGGUGUACACGAUCCUGCUCCCGGUGAUUUCCGUCUGGAACUGAAUGCCGGGCAAUUGAUUAUCAAGCAAGAUUCUAAGAUAUACUGGGAGGGUAGUAGACAGCAUUUUAGCUUACAGAAUGUCUCACUACGUCGUGAGUGGCCGGAGUAUGCAGUUUUCAGUGAAAUCAACACUUCUACAAUUUCCCAUAUAUUGUUAGACGAAUCAGGGCAGCUUAAACUGCAGUCAUGGACACCAGAAGCUCAACGAUGGUUUUCUGAUUAUUCUUCCAAGUGUGGUUAUGAUGGUGGAUGUGGAGCUUUUAGUAUCUGCAAUGAAAGUGCCGAUAUACCAUGUCGCUGUUUGCGAGGUUUCGAAUCUGAACAAGGUUCUUGGACGCAGGAAUCUAUGGAAGGGAUGCUGGCCACUGAAGGCUGCAAGAGAAAAACUAAAUUGCAGUGCAGGGACAAUAGUCUUUCAGAGAAGGAUGGCUUUAUAAAUAUCUCUAACGUUGAGUUUCCUAGUAAUGCAAAGACUUUAGAUUUUCGGAGUGCCGAGGAGUGUAAAUCAGCCAGCUUGGGCAAUUGUUCUUGGAAUGCCUACGCUUUUGAUGAACGUGGGUGCUUGGUGUGGGAUGAUUUCUUUGAUCUGACGAAACUUUUAGAUGGUAAUAGUAAUAGAAGAACUUUUUAUAUCAAACUUGCUGCUUCUGAGUUGAUUGCCAAGGACAAAAACUCGAGCAAUGGAAGUUCAGGGCCGACGAUGAAUAAGGAAACAAAGAGGCAAUUAUGGAUAACUGUUGCAUUGAUCAUACCUCUGAUAAUGGUCACUUUGCUGGUUAUUCUUUAUUUGAGGUGUAAGUUCAAAAAGAAAGGGGAGGAUCUGAUGCUUUUUGAUUCGAGUGCGGGCCUAAAAGCUGAUAAUUUGGAGCUUACAGAAGCAAAUAAGCUUGGAAAAAGUAGUAAAAAGGCAGUUCAAUUGCCAUUAUUUAGUUUUGCGAGUGUUUCUGCAGCAACAGAGAAUUUCUCUGCCAGAAAUAAGCUUGGGGAGGGUGGUUUUGGACCUGUUUACAAGGGGAAAUUAUUGAAAGGAGAUGAAAUAGCUGUGAAAAGGCUUUCAAGAAGUUCUGGACAAGGAUGGGAAGAGUUAAAAAAUGAAGCACAACUUAUAGCCAAGCUCCAACACAACAAUCUUGUUAGACUCUUGGGCUGCUGCAUUGAGCAAGAUGAGAAGAUACUAGUCUAUGAGUACAUGCCUAAUAAAAGCUUGGACUUCUUCCUCUUUGAUCCACCAAAAAGCAAGUUAUUAGAUUGGGAGACACAUGUUUAUAUCAUCGAAGGGAUAGCUCAAGGACUUCUUUAUCUUCAUCAAUAUUCCAGAUUGAGAAUUAUCCACAGAGAUUUGAAGGCUAGUAAUAUUUUGUUGGACAUAGAUAUGAAUCCUAAAAUAUCAGAUUUUGGGAUGGCAAGAAUUUUUGGAGGGAACAUGCUACAAGCAAACACUAAUCGGAUAGUUGGGACUUAUGGAUACAUGUCCCCAGAAUAUGCGCUGGAAGGCUUAUUCUCGAUAAAAUCUGAUGUCUUCAGCUUUGGAGUAUUGUUGCUUGAGAUUGUGAGUGGCAAGAAGAACACUGGUUUUUAUCAGACUGACUCACUCAAUCUACUGGGUUAUGCAUGGGAUAUGUGGACAAGUGACAGGGGAUUGGACUUAAUGGAUCCAGUAUUAGAGGAUGCUGCCUCCAAGCAUAUUCUGCUAAGAUAUGUUAACAUUGGGCUGCUUUGUGUUCAAGAAAGUGCAGAAGAUAGACCCUCCACUGAUGUUGUCUCAAUGCUUAUUAACGAAAAUACAGUGCUACCUUUUCCAAAACAACCUGCUUUUUCACAUAUAAGAAGCGGGGCAAAUUUAAAGCCAGUUUUCGGCAAAAGAGAAAAAUGUUCAGUCAAUGAUGUAACUGUUUCGAUUUUGGAAGCCCGUUAACGUCUGAGGACUUCUCAAGGGCGUUGAAUCGUCUGCAGUUCCUGCACCCCAGAAACCUGUUAGGAGUAAUAUGUACAUUACUUUUAUAACUUA